GCCACCAUUUCGCAGGAAGUAGUCGAGAGACUUACCGAGAGUGCCCUUUUCAACGACUACGAAGCGUUGACGUGCGGCAGACUGCGCCACCACUUCCUCGCGUACUGCGGCAUGAAGGGGAUCAGCCUGCUGGGAGCUGAACUGGAAAGGAUUAAAGAAAGAAACGGCUUGAUGAACUGCAAGGAGGAAGC